AUGAAAUCUAGUAAAAAUCUCAACUCGCCAACCCAAAAAGAUGCAAGGAGAACUACCACUUCAGGUGCAAAUGACAAGUUGAAGGCUUCAAAUUUUUCAGCUUCACUAUUGAGGAUUGGCAAUUGGCAGUAUGUGUCAAUUUUUCAAAACGGUCUGGUGGCGAAGUGUUACUUUGCAAAGCAAAAACUUGUGUGGGAGGUUCUUGAAGGUGGUCUCAAGAGAAAAAUUGAAAUUCUGUGGUCUGAUAUUAUAGCUCUGAAGGCAACUUAUAGUGAUAAUGGCCAUGGCACAUUAACUAUAGUGUUGGCUAGGCUACCCAUCUUCUUCAAAGAGACCAAUCCACAACCGAGAAAAUGUACUAUUUGGAAGCCAACUUCUGAAUUCAACUGUGGGGAAGCUAGCAAAAAUAGGAAGCAUUUUCUACAAUGCUCUCCAGGUGUGUUAAACGAGAACUAUGAAAAGUUGAUCCAGUGUGACAGGCGUCUUUAUAUUUUGAGCCAACAACUCGAGAUAGUUAUGGAUUUGCCAUAUUUUGAAGCACAUGCUCCUACUUUUGAAUAUCCAGAAGAAUUCAGAGGUCGUGAAUUUGAUCAAGUGGUUGCCGCUCAAGGAUAUUCUCCCUCUAGCUUCCAGGAUGUAGAAUUAGCAACUACCACACAAUCACCUCCUUUAAUUUCCGGACAGAUAUCUUGUGACUGCUAG